AUGGGCCUCCAGCAAUCAGAGCCCAAGAAACACGUGUCGUUUGCCGCCAGCGUGGCGCUCCUGGAGGCUUCGGCCAGGAAUGAUCCAGAUGAAGUUCGUUACCUGCUGAGGAAUAAUGUGAGUCCAGACCUCUGCAAUGAAGACGGCCUUACAGCUCUGCAUCAGUGUUGCAUAGACAACUAUGAGGAGAUGGUGAAGCUCUUGUUGGACCGAGGAGCCAGUGUUAACGCUCAGGACAACGAACUGUGGACGCCGCUGCAUGCUGCUGCUACCUGUGGCCACGCAGGACUUGUUAAGAUACUCAUCGCACACUACACAUCGCAGCAGCAAAUGGCUACGCGCAGGCUGCAGAGCUGCUGCUGGAGGGGGGGGCUCGUGUGGACCUCAGAGAUUCAGAUGGAUGGCAGCCUCUUCAUGCUGCAGCGUGCUGGGGUCAGGUAA